AUGUGGUGGAUUGUGCUGAGCUUGUGUCUGGUUCCGGUGUGGGCCGGUAGCUGGGAUCGUCUACCGAACAGUACCGUACCUCUCCAUUACGACCUUUUCCUGGAGGCUUCAGGAUUGGGUGGGAAAGAUUUCAGUUACCGCGGCAAAGUGUCGAUCCGCAUUGCGAUCGUAAGUGAUACCGACCGUGUGGUGUUGCACAGUGUGGGCAACAGCAUCGACGAGAUCGUGCUGCAGACGACCACCGAUGGAGAGGUGAUUCCCCAUCAGCUGGAACCGAAUCGUGCCGGAAGUGAAUUUUUGCACAUUCGUAGCCAUCGGCCACUGAGCAGCUUACAGGAUGCCGAAGUUUUGCUUACGAUAGCGUUCAGAGGGCAGCUCGGUCGUGAGAAGAAGGGUUUCUACCGGACCGAGUAUCGCGGAGCGAAGCGUGUUCCCGUGACGGUGGCCGCGACACACUUUCAACCCUGCUACGCUCGACGCGCAUUUCCGUGCUUCGAUGAACCCGCCCUUAAGGCCACCUUUCAGCUGACUAUCGUCAGCAACAGUAGCCACCUGGUUGCGUCCAACACACCAAUCGCGAAGGUUAGCCCACUAUCGGGCGGAGGUAAGCUGGUCCAAUUCGAGCGCACCGCACCGAUGCAAACCUACCUGGUGGCGUUCCUGGUGACCAACUACGCGGCCAUCCACACCACCAGUCCCUCGGGGGUGCAAGUGGGCGUUUUGGCGCCGCCGAAGGAUAAAAAGGCACUUCAGUUCAGCUUGGAAGUGGCAUCCUCACUGCUGACGCACCUCGAACGCUACACCGGCCAGCCGAUGGGGCUGACGAAGCUGGAACACGCGGCCAUCCCACGGUUCGGGAAUGCGAUGGAAAACUGGGGCCUAGUGUCGUACGACGAGCAAUUUCUGGUGUUGGCCGGCAAGAAGGUGCACCGCCUGCGACGGAUACAGGCGGUACUGACGAUCGGUCACGAGACGUCGCAUCAGCAGUUUGGCAAUCUGGUCGGACCCGCCUGGUGGUCGUACCUGUGGCUGAGCGAAGGCUUUGCUACGUACUUCGAGGUUGUACUGGGCAACGCACAAUACCCGGAACUGAUACCGCUGGAGGAAACGUUUGCCAUGCGCCACAUGAGGCCAGCUUUGCAUGCGGAUGCUCUACCCAUUAGCCAUGCCCUAACGGUGGAACCUCUUCCCGCGGACACGGUGCAGAUCGAGGAACUGUUCGAUACGCUCACGUACAGCAAGGCGGGUUGCAUUUUGCGAAUGAUCAACUGCACGAUCGGGGAGUCGGCGUUCCAGGCCGGUGUUCGCCGAUAUCUUGAAACACACCGAAACGCUGUGGUGCGGCCGACGGAUUUGUAUAACAGCUUUACAAACUCGACCUCAGGCUGGCCAUCGGUGGAGCAAAUGUUUCGAAGUUGGACCGAUAAACCUGGCUACCCGGUGGUGACGGUGGAGCGAUUGAGCGCCCAGUAUGUGCGAUUGCGACAGAAGCGAUAUCAACUGCAAGAGGAAACCCCUGACCACAUAUCUCGGUGGCAUAUUCCCAUUACCUACUACACCAAUAGCUCUCGCGGAAGGUACGAGUAUCGUCCGGCGUUUUGGAUGCGUGAAACCGAUCGCGAAAUGGUUGUUAAGCUAGAAAUGACCGGUUCCGAUGUGCUAAUUGUGAACCCGCGGCAGGUUGGGUUCUACCGUGUAGAGUACGAUGAAAAGGGCUGGCAAAGGAUUGUGGAUUCCGUCCGAACGUUUCCUCCGACCACACAGGUCAAACUGAUAGACGAUGCGUUCGUGCUGGCAAAGGUUGGUUUGGGUGAAUACAACGCGUGCAUCCGGUUGCUUCAACAGCUGCCCGGUGUACGGGAUCCUUUGCCAUGGCUCACGGCGAUGGCGGAAGAAAACGUUGGCUUCUUGCAGCGCAAUCUUCGCUCAGUGCGCUUCGAUCGUAUCGUCCGUGGAUUGGCCGGUGAAAUGUUCCAGUUCUUCUCAAACGGGAGUACGGUAUUCGAUUCCGAGGCUCUCGACCGGGCGUACGAUUGGUGGAAAAGGCUCGGUGGAACAACAAUCUCCGGUCGUCGCAAGUUCGGUCCCGGCUUUGACACAGGCUGCCCAGUAAGGGUCACCCCGCUGACGGUACGGGAACUAGUUUUAGAAUUUAGCUCACUGGACGAAUCGGUCGAGUUGCGGGUAUUUGCACGCAUCAAGUGUCAACGGAACGCACGGGACGCGUUGUUCCUUACUGUGCUGAACCGCAUUUCGAAAAACAAGCUUCUGCCCAUCGACGAGCUAUACAAAUUGCUCGAAAAACUGAUUAACACCGAUGCGACCCGAUUCCUCGGAAUGGUUCUGCAGUUUUUGUCGAAUACCACAUCCCACGAUGGAGGCGCCCAGGAUCCGAUGGCGAUUGCAGAGUUGCAGCGAUUACUCAACCACAUCGUAACCGAGGUCAAUAACCGCGAGCAGAUUGCGCUGGUACGGAAGUUGAUCGCCCGAAACGAGUCUCUGCUGCCGGGUGGCUUUCUUCAACACGCCAACACCAUUAUGACGUCAACCAUCAGCUGGCGUACGGCGAAUGCGCAGGAACUGAACCAACUUAUUGCCCACUUUGCGAAUUAUCGGCCGUAG